CUAGCCUUGAUUUCGCAGUUCUUUUCCAACAUGGUUGCAUGUUUGCCUGCUGCCGUAUGGAUUGAAAGACACGGCGCAGCCGUCUGCCGUACGGCCGCGCUCAAACGGAACGCUUUGCCUGCACGGGGCUACCAUGAGACGAGCGAAACGGGCAAUCCUUCUCAUGUCACUGGCAGCCCAGGCUUGGUCGCCUUGGAGCUUUUGCCCCGCGAGAUUGAAUGCUCGCGUGGGAUGCCAGGCUGACCGCCACUUGGCUGGAGCGAAGGAGGACUGGACCUCAGCGUUUGAAUUGGCCGCAUCAGCGUCAGGCACGAAGCUGGACUGGUUGUGCCUUCCCUGCCUUGUCCUGUUAUUGGCGUGGCCAGUGGCUGCCCUUUCACCACAGGCAUGUCAUGAUGCUGGCCAGGAGGCAGCAGCUCGCAAGGCUGCCAAGGGCUGCUUUAUGACCAUCGAGGGCAAGAAGUACGAUGCAUCAUCCUUUGUCAAUAAGCAUCCUGGAGGGCCAGUGUUUCUUGCAAAGGCCUGUUGUACCGAUGCCACCGAGCAGUUCCAGGCAAAUCAUCGCCUCCUCUCAGAAGGAAAGGUACAGCAGCCGUUGCGCCAAAUGACCUGCAGCAACGCCCGCAAAAAGUCGUUCGGUCAGAUGACGGCCCCGACGGUGCGGACGGAGGGAUCGGGUCAUAGCGAGGUGUUUUCCUUGGCAAAGCUCCCGCCACCCCCAUGGCGAGUCCGCAGUGCCUAGAAGACUCCGGUCGACCUGCAGCUCCGACCGGCCACGGCGUGGGUUUUUCGGUGCAUGAGCCGGAACGACUCAUCCAGCUGGAUAUUCUGGGC